AUGCGCACUGUCCGUGACGAGACGUUGGACAUCCGCGAGUUCUGCGCGAAGGACAUUUGGGUGAUAGAGCCCGUGUCCCAUGAGUUCCUGAAGGACACCGGCAUCGAGUACAGCCUCACGCCGGUUCUACUGCGCCACCUUGGUAGUGGGUACUACCUGGCGAUUUCUGAAGCAGAUCUGCAAGAAAAGGACAUCAUCUACAACAAGGUCCAGCGGCACGACCCUCCUGUCUGCGACACGAUCACAAACCAAAACAAACACUGCACCCAUAUCAACCAUAGAAACUUGCGCUGUGCUUUCUCGCUGGAGGAUGACUUUCACGGCAAGUCCGCGAAAGGCGCGGGUGGGCGCCUCAGAGGACGGGUCCUGCGUAUUGGGAAGAACAGCUAUGGCUGGGGCUACGGGAUCCACAACACACUGCAAAGCAACGCGGGGUGGAAAGAUGGCUUCCUUGACUUCUUCGUCCCGUUUCUGAACAGGGAAGGUGGCUUUGCCAUUGCAAAUGAUGUCCAGUCACCGUACUUCUUGAAUGCGUCCCUUUGCGAAUUGGAGCUGACAGCAAACGAUCCCAACGUUACCUCCAACAUUCAAAGCUGCCUGAGCGCUGCUGGGGAUGUGGAUGCGAUUGUUGUUGGCACCUCGACAGCAAACGACGACGUCAAGCAGGUAGCAGAAGCGCUGAAGAUCCCCAAUGUGCAUUGCUCUGGUGGAAACCCUGUGCAAUGGCAAGCCACGACCCCUCAUGCAUUUGGUAUUCACCUGCCUUUCCCAUGGUAUUCCAGAGGCCCAAUCAGGAGAGCUGCCCUGCAAGGGUUGACCCGCGUCGUUAUCAUUCGAAGCUACGACUGGGGCUUUCCUCGAACAUCGGCAGUGGCAGCAGCAGAAUGGAGCUUGGAAGCCUCCAUGACAGUUGUUGGUCCGAGUGUAGACUGGUGCCGGCAGUGGGCCAACAAGACCCAAACCUGCAGGAUCAUAAGCUCCGCCUGCCGCUGUGGAGACCAAGCUGAGUUUGAUGCCCUCGGUUACAAGUACCAGGUUCAAAGCAUGCCAAGCUUUUAUGAGGUUUCCGAAGCUGCUGUUCUUGAAGAUGGGCUGGACCCCCUCAGCGAAGUCAUCUCCCCCGCCAUGGUCUCCUUCGUUGAAGGCAUCAUACAGGAUAUCCGUUCACAAGGAGAGGACCCCGACAUGGUCGUGAACUGGCUGACUUCCGCUCGAAGUGGGCUUGUGGCCAUGCGAAAACAGAGGUUUUCAUUCCAGAUGUACUUCGGGGGUCCAAACAUUGGGGGUACUGCCUGGAAUGGUUAUGAGUCGUACUGGGAGAAUGGCACCUCAGCGCUCGACUUCAGUGAUGCUCUUUACAACAUUGGUGGUGGGCAGUGGCAUCAUGGAAUGCAGUUUUCCGAUCCUUACUUUACCAGCUCAAGCGAGAUGGUCAGCCAAUUUUCAGAGAUGCUUGGACGGCCUCCAAGCUAUGAUGCUGCAGCCUGCACGGCGGCGGGCAUUUCUCUUGCAUUUUCAUUGCAGAAGUAUGGCCGGCCCCUGUCAUCAAUGACUCCAGAAGCCCGGCGUGAAGAAAUUCGAGUCUCCAUUGGGAAUCUGAAUGAUGAAACGCUCUUCGGGGUGCUUCGCUUCAAUCGCUUCAACCAAAACAACGGACGACUCACCGUCAGCUGGCAAGUGCUGGAAGAAGGCGAUACCAAGCCCGUCUUGCCUGUAGAAGCUGCCAGCACCGAGUUCCGCUUCCCGACACCCUCCUGGGAGGUACGAUUGGGAUGUGCGCCGGGCAUGUAUGCAACAGCGGCUUCCCAAUCAAGCCUCAUACCCAAUCAAUGCAAACUCUGUCCAGAGGGAACCUAUCGAUCUUUACCAAGCAACGGCCUGGUGUUUUCGGAGUGCCAGCAAUGCGAGAUCGGGACUGGUUUGCUGCCCAAUGUCACUGGCGCGACGUCAUGCAGUGCUUGUCCAGCUGGGCGAGAGCAACAGUCCGCAGCACACAAGGGGGUCUGCCACAAGUGCCCAAAAGGGCAGGCCAGGGCAGGAAAUAGGUCCAGCAGCUGCGAACUCUGCGCAGCUGGAAGAUAUGCCAAUGAAGAGGGCUUGGCCGAGUGCAAGAUCUGCCCGCUGCGGUCAUCGCAGCCGGAUGUUGGCCAAGCUGCGUGCAUUUGCGACCUGGGAUCUUUUCAGGAGCAAGGCUCCACCAAUCCCACCGCCACAACUGCGGAGUGCAUGUCUUGUGAGAAUGUCUUGCCAGGGAGUACGACGCGUUAUCCUGGAAGCAAUUCGCCACUGCAGUGCCUGUGUCCAAUGGGCAGCUUUUGGCACCGGUCCGCUGCGAACGCGCCGGCGCGGUGCAAAGCUUGCGGGCUCGGCUUGGAUUGCCCAGGAGGAUUCUCUGAUGAAAAUGGCACCGAACCGAGUCAUCAGCCUCCGAUGCAGGCUGUGGGCUACUCCGCAGGUGCACAGCUGUACCCUGGCGCAGAUCCAACGUAUGUCAUCAAAUGCGAGAACUCUGUGCGAUGCCCUGGUGGCCUGUCCUUGGGGCAAUGCCCCAUGGGAAUGCAUGGUAAAGGCUGCGCAGCCUGCACACCAGGAAGGUUUGACAAUGGCACCGACUGUUCGAUGUGCAAUGACUUGGCGGUAUGGCCGGCGGUGAUUUGUUUCAUCUUGGCUGUUGUUGGCCUUUUGCUGCUACAUCGAUACAGCAUGAGACUAGAGAAGCCGCAUCGCGAGUCACUCAUGACUCUGACAAUCAGCGCCGGCCUGGCAGUCGUUGCGACACAAACUCUAUCAGCAUUUACAAGGAUAGAGCUAGAAUGGAUCGAGCCUCUGAGAGCGCUGCGGCUGUUUUUCUCUUUAUUGGCCUUCGAUAUUGGGUUCUUGCGCCCUCAAUGCUGGGUGGGAAGUGUGGAUCCGGUGCUAGAGUACAUCAUGGCCAUCUGUGCAUACCCUUUUGGAGCCGGCUGCCUCUUCUUGAUCUUCGGAUUCUAUCACUUCCUCCUCGGCAAGCACGUCAGCAGGCACCAGGUUUUCAACGCGCAAGGACUCGUGGUUUCGGCCUUCUACAUCGCUCUGACAUACGUUGCGUUGCUGCCUUUCCAGUGCCUGAGGAACCCUGAUGGCUCUGCAGCUUUGGUUUCCUACAGGAGCGUCAUCUGCUGGAAAGAUGAUGCCCAUGUCGCCAUGGUAGUUCUGUCAGCAAUGCCCUUUUUCGGGAUCGUUGUCGCCUACUUAGCUGUCGUGGCUUGGGCAGUGUGGACGUAUCCAUCAGUUUGCCGAGCUCCGGGUGGUGUAGAUUUCGUCAAGCGCUGGUCCUUUCUCUUCGCACGCUUUCACCAGCACAGCUACUACUUUGCACUUGUCAUGGCGCUCCGAAACCUGAUUGUGGGCCUGUGUCCAAUUCUCUUCGUGCACCUCCCUGCUGUACAGCUCAUGCUGCUAAACAUCACGGUCGUCAUGUAUGGCUUCCUGACAGCUCGCGUUUGGCCAUGGCGGACCCAGACUGGCAAUGUCCUGGACACAAUCCUGUGUGUCUGUCUACUUCUGGUCAUCGCAACAGGGCAGCUUCUUCUGGACCGGGACGAGGAAAACAUGCUUGUGCUUCAGGUUGUUCUUCUACUAAUCAUUGCUGCUGCGCUCUGUGGCUUGGUUGUGGCACUUUCUAUUUCACUUCUGCGGCUCACACAAAAUCCUCGCCCCUAUGGGAUCUUCAUCAGCCACCACAAGCAAGCUGCAGGCACUCUCGCUCGGUGGUUUAAGAUGAUGUUGUCAGAGAGGGUUAAAGAAAAGAUAUUUCUGGAUUCAGACGACGUAGACCAUCUAGAAGCGAUCAUUGACAUUACCAGCUCUGGCACCGAAAAUUUGCUGGUGCUGAUUACGUCGGAGACCCUGUCGAGAAUUUGGUGCGCUGCAGAGAUCGCCAGUUCUUGGGCGAGCGGGACGAAUAUUGUUCUGGUGACUUGUGAUGGUUGCGGGGUAUCUCGCGAAUGCAUAGAUGCUAUCCCUGGUGGAUGGACGGAAGAGCAGCAGACGACAUUGACCAACAUUGGCGUCUCUUUUCAGACCAUCCGAGAUGCAUACCUCGGCUUGAUCGUCAAGCCUGUCAUUGCCUUGGACAGACGCGGGGCGGAUAUCCUAGAGCAUGAAAGGGCAGUACAUCGAGUUCUCUCACAGUGCAAAGGUCUCGCCAGAUCUUUCCAUAGCUCUCCAUCGGCUGACUGCUCGAGCAGCAUCACAGAGUUUAAAGCCCCUGCGGUCCUCAUGCUGGGAGACAUGGCGUCAUCAGAACCUGGCAGCUGCUGCCGUGUGCUGCAACUCCUGUUGCAGGCGCAGCUCGAAGAGGAGAUCAGCCUCAUAAAUCCUGAGAUAGCCGUGCUUGACAUCGAGCUCCUAACCCGCACUGUGGCUUCUGCAAGGGCGGCCCUUGUCAUCUUGACGCAGGGUGUUCUUGAACUGGCAUCCUUUGCCUCUUGCUUGACUGCGUGCGCUUUCAGCAAUGCAGAACUGGUUCCUGUCAAGGCGGACGAGGCUUUCCUAUACCCUGACCCCCCGUUCUGGGAGAAGCUUCUUGAUGGCCACUUCUUUCCAGACUUGCAGCUAGCCCAGUAUUGCACAGAUCUCAGCACUGUCAAGGGCACUUAUACGAUCCUCUUCGAUAUGCUCGCGCUCAACUUCACGGCACAUGGGACGGAGCAAAUUCAAGCAACUGAGAUCCAUUUGAUGUGCGGCAGGGUUCUACCGCUGCUACAUUCCGAAACCGCCGCCGCACACGAGCAAUCCCCGAAAGUGAGACGGAAUUCGCACCGCGACUCUAAGCGCCGUGUGACUCUCCGGGAAUCCAUCCGGGAGUCUUGGCGCCUACAGCGUGUAGCCAGGACCACCAGCGGUGAGGAGACCCAUGACGAUCCCGAGAUCGAAGAGUUCAUUUGA